UCGAGCGAGCGAGCGAGCGGCAAAUGCCAAAUGGGUAAGACGCGCGGCUAAACAUAGUGCCAGCGAUUAGCGGCAGCCAGCACUUGGCAUGCCCAUACGCAGCGUGACAAUGGUCGGUAAGAUGACGGCAAAGACGAGAGUCAAGAAGGAGGCGACGGAGGAUCUCCUGCGGCAUAUGUGCGAAUACUGCGGCUACAGGACACGCAUUCGCGGCAAUCUGAUGGUCCACAAGCGGCGGCACACCGGCGAAAAGCCCUUCAGCUGUGACACGUGCCAGGCUAAGUUUGCGGCCCGCUAUCAACUGAAUACGCACCAGGAGCUGCAUCUGGACGUGAAACUGCGACGCAGUCGUCACAUGUGCAAGGAUUGUAAUGUUGGAUUUUUGAGUGCACGCGCCCUCUACCAUCACCGGCCACUCCACGGCCAGGGCAAGCGGUUCAAGUGUUCACAGUGCGACAAAUCCUAUGCCCAGGCGGCGGGCUAUGCCCAGCACAAGCGGUGGCAUCGUCAGCGUAAUGAGCGUGUAACGGCCGAAAGCCCAAUGGAGAUAAAGAUGAAGCCGGGAAGUCAGAAAGGCAACGAAAACUGACUGGGCACACCACACACACAUGCUGCAUCAGCAAAUUGUUAAUUAUCUCUAAUGCCUUUCCUAUGUUAUGAAUAAAUUUGGCUAGAAA